AUGUUUCAGUACUACAUAAAAAUAGUUCCUACAAUGUAUGUUAAACUAGAUAAUACAGUAUUAUACACUAACCAGUUCUCAGUUACUAGACAUCAAAAGUCAGUGUCUAAUAUUAAUUCGGAAUCUGGAAUGCCAGGAGCGUUUUUUAGUUAUGAACUAUCACCCCUUAUGGUAAAAUACACAGAAAAGGAAAGAUCUAUCGGCCACUUUGCUACUAAUGUCUGUGCCAUUGUUGGAGGAGUAUUUACAGUUGCCGGCAUUAUUGAUGCACUCUUAUAUCACUCACUAAAUACUUUCCAAAAUAAAAUGAUGUUGGGUAAAGCUGGAUAG